AUGACAACCACCGUCACGCAGCACGUCCCUCUGCGCCUCACCAGCGACUCCCACCAUCCCAUCACCACCCUUAGCACCACGCCACCCACAGCCCUGCCCCUCUCAAAAUAUACACCAACGACCCCUCUCCUCCUAGCCCCAGGCCCGACAGAAGUCGCACCGGCCGUCCUUGCCGCUCUGGCCUCUCCGGCCGAGUCCCACCUAACACUCGCCUUCGCCCAAGUCUUCAGCACCGUGCUCCGCCAAGUCCGACGCCUCUUCCUCACCAGCUCACCAGACUCCCAGCCCUUCGUCCUGGGCGGGUCCGGCUCGCUCGGCUGGGACUUUGUGGCGACCAACUUCCUCCCCACCGGCAGCCCCGUGCUAUGCCUGAGCACCGGCUUCUUCAGCGACGCGUUUGCCUCCUGCCUAGCCGCGUACGGUCAGGACGUGACGGUGCUACGCGCCCCUGACGUUGGCGCUACCGUCGACCUCGCCGAAGUCGAGGCCGCGCUCGCCACAGGCAAAUACAAGGCCCUGGUAGCUACGCACGUCGAGACCAGCACCGCCGUGCGCACGAACCUGCCGGCCCUGCGCGCCCUGCUCGACCGCGUCAGCCCCACCACGCUCUUCAUCGCCGACGCCGUCGCCUCCCUCGGCGCCGAGGAGCUGCGCUUCGACGAGUGGGGCCUCGACAUCGUGCUGUCGGGAAGCCAGAAGGCCAUCGGCUGCCCCCCUGGCCUGAGCCUGCUCAUGGUGAGCGGGCGCGCCAUGGCGCUGGCGCUAGAUGAGUCCGUCACGGACCGCCCCCGCACCUGGUACGCCAGCCUGCCGCGCUGGCUGCCGGUAAUGCGCAAGUACGAGGCCGGGGAGCCCGGGUAUUUCGCCACGCCGCCCACGCAGGUCGUGCGCGCCCUGGGCGCGAGUCUGCAGCUGAUGCACGAGGUGGGCAUGGAGCGCACGUGGGAGCUGCACCGCGUCCGCAGCGCGCAGGUCAAGGAGGCGGCGGGCCGGUUGGGGCUGCGCCUGUUGGCGCAGCGGGAGGAGGAUCAGAGCCACGCCGUCACGGCGCUGUGGCUGCCGGAGGGGAUCGAGGCGAAGGCCCUGCUGGCCAGGGUGCUGGCGCGGGGCGUGACGCUGGCGGCGGGCAUGCACGUCGAGGUGGGGACUAGGUAUGUGCGCUUUGGACACAUGGGCUACAGCAUCACGGGAAACGAGGGACAUAUUGAGAUGGGGAUUCGGGCGCUGAGUGAGGCGCUGUUGGAGCUGUACGCUGAGAGGAGAGAGAAAGAGGUGGCAGAACAGGAGAGUCAGCCAUCUGCUGGGGUACUGGAGGCGGUGAGGCAGGAGGUUGCUGUUGCCGAUGGUUGA